AUGGGUCUAAGCAAUUGUGAUCUAACAGGUGGCGUUCACCAGCUGUUUGGCAAUCACUCCAUCCACGGGGUGGAGGAAGCUGGAAGAGGCAGCCAUAAUGAAACCGUCAGCGUCUCCCAGUUCAGCGACCUCGCUGCCGGCUCCGUCCUCUACCUAACUUCUCCUGGCCUGGUCUGCGAUGCGAUAAUUGAGGGGAGGUGGGGUGAGGAGACGGAACAUUUCCUCCACAGGGUCACACAUCAUGAGCAUCACGAGCAUCACGAGCAUCACGAGCAUCAUGAGCAUCAUGAGCACGAAGAGGGCAGGACGCAACAUGACCACGAUCACAUAGAUGUUCACGGAUUAGAGAUUGUGUUUGUAGAGCUCCGUCACCACUAUGAGCCAUCAAACAAUGAGAGCUGUAUAACAGCCAGCGACAUCAUGGCAGAAGUCAACGCAUCGUUACCAGACCAGAAACAGGAAGUGGGUGCAGUUUUGGGCCAAGUCCUGUAUCACGCUCUGCAGGGUCACUGCUUCAUCAGCGAGUCCCUGCCAGAGAAGGGUUUCUUCCUGGAUUACAUCGUGGGCCGUCUGGGGUCAGAGAACUUCACUGUCGGGGAUUUAGAGGCUCUUAUGAGGAGUCUGAACAUUGGGCCUGACCAUGAACAUGGGCACGAACACCACGAGGACGAACACGCUCAUCAUGAUGACAGCGGUGCAAGACGGAGGAGGAGGAGCAGCCGUAACCAUCAUGAGGGACAUGAAGGAAACAGCACCUGGGAUCAGCGCUGUUUCUCAGCUGAAGAGCUGGUCCUGAUCUUCGGCCUGGCUGCAAACAGCCCUGCCUCCUCGGGUCUGGGUCGGUCCGACGUGGCUCAGCUCAGCCCGGCGUUCGUCCAGCAGAUACUGAGCAGAGCCUGCACAGAGAUGACAGAGCAAGUGAGACCAGAUGAUCUCACCAGGACAGAGAGAUACAUCUAUGCCACCAUCGCCAAUGUGGUGAUAACACUCACGUCCAUGUUUGGCAUCGUGCUGCUGCUGUGUACCGCAUGUACCAGUGUGUUCCAGUUUUGUAUCCAGUUCUGCAUCAGUCUGGCUGUAGGUACACUGACUGGAGAUGCCUUAUUGCACCUGUUACCCAUGGUUCUAGGUUUACACGUGCACUCAGACAAUGGCGGCGGCCACGACCACAGUCACCAUGAAGAAACGCCAGAUUACAUUUACAAGAUGUUGGUCGUGAUAGCUGGGAUUUACUACUUUUACCUGAUGGAGACAAUCUUCUCUCUGAUCGCAUACAAAGAUAAUCACCACCAUCACCAUCACCAGCACCAUCACGCGGAAGAAUCUGAGCCUCAUCACUGUGACCAUGGGAGGGUUUUAGAGAUGUAUCAACAGGAAAGGAGACAAAAACAAGACAAGUCAACCUCAAAAGCAGAUCUGGUCGCCUAUGAAAACAACGACAAAUCACUUUCACAGGAAAAAGAGCGGACAAGAGAACAGCGUUUGCUGCCUUACAUGAUAACCAUCGGUGACGGGAUCCACAACUUUGCAGACGGCUUAGCGAUAGGUGCAGCUUUCUCCCUGUCAUGGAAGUCUGGUUUGGCCACGUCUCUGGCUGUGCUCUGCCAUGAGCUACCGCACGAACUGGGGGAUUUUGCCAUUCUGCUGCACAGCGGCGUGUCCGUACGCAGGGCGCUGCUUUUAAACAUCAGCAGUGCCAUGACCUCGUUCAUCGGCUUGUACAUCGCUCUGUCGGUCGCCACAGACCUGGCAGCCAAACAGUGGAUAGGUGCCAUCACAGCAGGACUCUUUCUGUACGUGGGACUGGCUGAUAUGCUCCCCACCAUGGUCCACAUCAGCAACAAGAGACCCUGGCUGAUGUUUCUGCUGCAGAGCGUCGGCCUUCUCACCGGGUGGGGAAUCCUGCUGCUGCUGUCACUUUACGAAGAGAGGAUCAGCUUUUAAUGCACUGACUCGUACAAACAGCACGCCAGCACAUUGGUGUGGCUUGUUUCUGGUGUAAUCAAUGCAAAUUGUAAAAUUGAUGAAUUAAUAAUAUAUAUAUUAACAUCUAUGCAUGUUACACCCUAAGGACAGUAUGAAAAAGCAGGGGAAAGGGUAAACAGAAUACUGUCAGACACAGGAGGGUGAAGAAACUGUCAGAUGAGGAGCUAAUCCAGUGUUAGAGAUUCUUGAAAAGUAAUUAAAAUUUGCUGUGUCUCUUAAAUAACUUAAACUCCAAAGACCUGUGACCAUGUAGCAAGUCUUUUUUACUGACUUUCUGCAGAGAAAUUACACAGCGGCCUGCCUGUGACCUUCCCUUAUUUGAAUCCAUGCAGUAAGUUAAUAGUUUAUUAGGUAGACCUGUAGUCAUAGGAAAAACUUCUCACUACAUUAUUAUACAAUCCAGUACAACACCACAAACUACAGCCAGGAGAGUCAACGUUCUGGUGCUUAAAAACGAAAAAGAAAACAUUAACUAAUUCACAUUUAUUUUAACCAAUGUUAGUUAUUUCUCACAUUUCUCACUCCAUUGUUUCUUGUCGCUUUUUAUUCCCUGGCUUUGCAUUUUGUAUCCAGGGACACAAGCACACACAUCACCUUUAAUCUGUUGACUUGACCGACACAUUAAAGGGACAGAAUAGAUGCUGGACGGUUGAACACAUGUUUCUUGGCACAAUAAGAGCCAGUGCAGAUGGUCUUUUUUUUCUUUCGUAGCACUGAUAAAUGUCUAUAGACUAAGGUACAUCUGUUGCUCUCCUUCCAUUCUUUAGUGAUGUGCAUUUAUGGUACAGCUUUGUACAGAAAUGUUCUUUUCGUACGUUUUAUUAAAUGUAUUUGGGAAAACAAACAUGUCACAUUUGCCAAAGAAAAAGUUAUACAGUAUAGAAUUGAUAAUGAUUGGUAUAGCUUUUGUAUAUUUGGUAUAAAUUUUGUGUUUUUGCCUUGUUUGAAA